GGCCACGAGGACCGCGAGGCCACGCCCAGCAAUACAAAAGGGAUUAAUACUCUCAUCGAUUCUUUACCUAGAUCUCACACUCCAUGAUCAAUCAGCCAGCUAGAGCCUAGUAGAGGCUAGAGCAGAACCAACCCAGGCUCCGUCCGCUAAUCAUUCUCUCCGAGAUCGAAUUCCGACCAAUCGGGGGGCCGCCGACAUGGGAGCAUCCACCGGCGCCGGCGCCGGCGAGCUGGAGAUCGUGGUGUUCCCGUGGCUGGCGUUCGGGCACAUGAUCCCGUACCUCGAGCUCUCCAAGCGCCUGGCAGCGCGGGGCCACGCCGUCGCCUUCGUGUCCACGCCCCGGAACCUCGCCAGGCUCCCGCCCGCGCACGGCGUCCGGUUCGUGCCGCUGCCGCUGCCGCGCGUCGACGGGCUCCCCGAGGGCGCCGAGUCCACCGCCGACGUCACCUCCGGCAACGACGAGCUCCUCAAGAAGGCCUUCGAUGGCCUCGCCGCCCCGUUCGCCGCGUUCCUCGCCGAGCAAAGCGCUGCCGGGAGGAAGCCGGACUGGAUCGUCCAUGACUUCUCCCACCACUGGAUGGCUCCCAUCGCCGACCAGCACAAGGUGCCGUGCGCGGCGUUCCUGAUCGUCUACGCGGGCUUCGUGGCCUUCCUGGGGCCGCGGUGGGCGAACGCGGCGCACCCGCGCUUGGUGACCGAGGACUUCACCGUCCCGCCCAAGUGGAUCCCUCCCCCGUCCGCCGUGGCCUACCGCGGCCACGAGGCAGGCUGGCUCGCCGGCGCCUUCAAGGCCAACGCGUCCGGCCUGUCCGACAUGGACAGGACGUGGCGGAUGUUCGAGAACAGCCGCCUCACCAUCUACCGCAGCUGCGACGAGGUCGACCCCGGGAUGUUCUCCCUGCUCACGGACCUCCUGCGGCACCCCGCCGUCCCCGCCGGGAUCCUGCUCCCCCCUGACAUUACCUCCGCCGGCGGUGGCGGCAGUGAAGAGAAAUCCCCCGCCGAGAGCCGCCACGAGGUCCUCCGCUGGCUCGACGACCAGCCGCCCAAAUCCGUGAUCUACGUGGCGCUGGGCAGCGAGGCGCCGCUGACGGAGAAGAACCUCCACGAGCUCGCGCUGGGGCUGGAGCAAGCCGGGGUGAGAUUCCUCUGGGCGCUACGGAAGCCCACGGGGAUGCUCACCGUGGACGAAGUCGGCAAGGUGUUGCCGGCCGGGUUCGCGGACCGGACGCGGGGCCGGGGGCUGGUGAGCGUCGGGUGGGUGCCGCAGGUGGAGGCGCUGGCGCACGGCGCGACGGCGGCGUUCCUGACGCACUGCGGGUGGGGAUCCACCGUCGAGAGCUUCGGGUUCGGCCACCCGCUGGUGAUGCUCCCGUUCACCGUCGACCAGCCGCUCGUCGCCCGGGCCACGGCGGAGAAGGGGAUCGGCGUGGAGGUGGCCAGGGACGAGGGUGACGGCUCGUUUGAUAGAGACGGCGUCGCGGCGGCGGUGCGGCGUGUCAUGGUGGAGGAUGAAGGGAAGGUGUUUGUGAAUAAUGCUAGGAGGCUGCGGGAUGCUGUUGCGGACCAGCGGCGGCAGGAGGGGUAUGUUGACGAGCUUGUUGAGCACCUGAGACGCUGCAGAUAUGAGUGAUGACCGGCCGGCGUGGACGACGACGGGCAGUUCGCUGCGUGCUGUUGUUUCCAGGCAACGAUUUGUCAUCGUCGAAUGGGAGCUCUUGUACUUGUGUUUCUUUCUGUUUAAAUCAGGCGAGGUGUCAAUUUGUGGCAACAAUAAGCUAAAUCAACGAAAUGAGAGUCGUUUUCAUUUUGAAUCCACCUUACAGUGUACUCCCUUCACUUUGUAAAUCCGGAAGCGACGAAUCGUCAACGGUGAAUGUCGAACUCAUCGUUCUACUUCUACGGUGAAUGUCGAAUCCCAUUUGUUAUCUUAGCCGAGAAAGUCGUGAGACAAUUUAUCUAA